AUGGAUUGUAUGGAUUUCAACGUCCAUCGUAUCAACAUUGUACAUCUUAUUAAGGGUUAUUAUCCAACGUAUUCCAUGUUGGUUGCGGCUGUGUUUCUUCUUCUUUCUCUUACAUUUGCUUGGCCACCGGGGGAACAGUUUCUGUAUAGUAGUUUUACUUCUUUUAUUGCACUUUCUUUUCUUUUCUUUAUGGUCGCUGCAGGACUUUUCCGUCUCUCUGGUGGUGUAUUCACACGACGUCGACAUCAGGAAGAAUGGUUGGUAGAGAAUGCACUAGAUGCAUGUCAACUACUCGUUAAUAGUUUCUCAUUACCGCAGGGUUUAUAUUCACUAUUGAUAUUAGAAAUGAUAGCCCAACUUGGGAAAGUUCUGCAAGGAACUGUAUGUUUGUGUUUAGUAGCGGCUGUUUGGUUAGGUUGGUUAGUCUGGAGAGAAGUAAAGAGUACACGGGUCUCAUGA